AUGGUAAAAAACAUUAACUCAGCAAUCUGCAUCCUCUCCGCAGUUAACUGGUCUUCGUCUGGACGAUCUCAUGCUGCUGGCAUCACUCAGCCUGGUGUGCAAGGCUCAUCACCAUGA